GCAGUCCAUUUCUAACAGCCACCAGGGGCAGCUGCUCCCAGGCAGAAGACUGUACCCACAGCGGCUGUGGUGACAUGGCGCUGCGAUGGGGCAUCGUGUCAGCUGGCUUAAUCGCCCACGACUUUACCACCAUGCUGUGCUCACUGCCUCCCUCGGAACACCAGGUAGUAGCAGUGGCUGCAAGGGACCUGAACCGAGCAAAGGAGUUUGCCAAGAAACACAAUAUCCCCAAGGCAUAUGGCUCCUACAAGGAGCUAGCAAAGGACCCAGACGUGGAGAUUUCGUACAUUGCCACCCAGCAUCCCCAGCACAAAUCAGCGGUGCUUCUCUGCCUGGCAGCGGGCAAGGCUGUUCUUUGCGAAAAACCCAUGGGUGUGAAUGCAGCAGAGGUUCGGGAGAUGGUUGCAGAGGCCCGUUCUCGGGAUGUCUUCCUUAUGGAGGGCAUCUGGAGCCGGUUUUUUCCCGCCAUGGAGGCUUUGCGGGAAGUUUUGGCCCAAGGAACUAUUGGGGACGUACAAGUGGCUGGGGUGGAAAUGGGGAUGAAUAUAACUAUUUUUGCGCUGAAGCCGGAGAAGAUUUCAGCCAUGGGAAACAUUCAUGAAACAGGUGUGGACAGCACUGUCAGUGUGCUUCUUCAGUACCCAGGAGGGCUCCACGGCAGCUUCACCUGUAGCAUCACUUUCAAACUCCCCAACACAGCAUAUGUGACUGGCACCAAGGGCAUGGCUCAGAUUCACAAAACAUGGUGCCCAAUGGAGCUGGUGGUGAAUGACGAGCACAAAGAGUUCCCUUCUCCUGUCCUCGGGAAAGGGUACAAUUUUAUGAACGGAUCAUGCCUGAGUUAUGAAGCCAACCACGUCCGCGAGUGCCUUCUUAAAGGUCUUAAGGAAAGUCCUGUAGUUCCUCUGGCAGAGAGUGAGCUCAUGGCUGAAAUCCUUGAGGAGGCGAGGAAGGCUAUUGGAGUCACCUUCCCCCAGGAUAAAUGCUGAUGCUGCUCCUGGGUCGAACGUAGCAAUCAAUAAUUUUUCCUACUUGGGACACCCUAGCUUGACCCUAAUUGCUUUGGAGUUAUUUUUGCAAAACAGCCCGAGUUCUCACGUUGGAGACCUCUCCCUUUCUGGGCUCUUAAAAUACACCUUGCUUAGCCGGGCGUUGGUGGCGCACUCCUUUAAUCCCAGCACUCAGGAGGCAGAGGCAGGCGGAUCUCUAUGAGUUCGAGGCUAGCCUGGCAUAACUGGGCAGAGGGCAGGCUUUUUUUUUUCUGGGUUUUUUUUUCGAGACAGGGUUUCUCUGUGGCUUUGGAGGCUGCCCUGGAACUAGCUCUUGUAGACCAGGCUGUUCUCGAACUCACAGAGAUGAGGGUAGGCUUUUAUAGCAUCUUUGAAGCAUGCUCAAUGGGCUAGUGGAAAAGUCCAGAGUAUUAACCCUGGGGGUGGGGAUUUCCAAGUACCAGGACAGGCCAGGGGCAGUAUGAUUUUCCUACAAA